UCCAGGGCCCGGAGGCCUCAGAGGCGAGUGCGGGGCGGACGCGGCGGGUGCGGGCGCGGCCGGAAGAGAGCGGGGCGCGGGGUGCGCGGUGUCCGGCGCGUGCUGGGGUCCCCGGCGCCUCCCGCCACCGCACCCCGUGAGGCCCGGCCGGGGCACUCUCCGCGGAGCCCGGGACCCGCGAUGGGCCCCGGACCCCCGGCGGCGGGAGCGGCGCCGUCCCCGCCGUCCCCGCCGUCCCCGCGGCCGCUGUCCCUGGUGGCGCGGCUGAGCUACGCCGUGGGCCACUUCCUCAACGACCUGUGCGCCUCCAUGUGGUUCACCUACCUGCUGCUCUACCUGCACUCGGUGCGCGCCUACAGCUCGCGCGGCGCGGGGCUGCUGCUGCUGCUGGGCCAGGUGGCCGACGGGCUGUGCACGCCGCUCGUGGGCUACGAGGCCGACCGCGCCGCCGGCUGCUGCGCCCGCUACGGCCCCCGCAAGGCCUGGCACCUGGUCGGCACCGCCUGCGUCCUGCUGUCCUUCCCCUUCAUCUUCAGCCCCUGCCUGGGCUGUGGGGCCGCCACGCCCGAGUGGGCCGCGCUGCUGUACUACGGCCCGUUCGUGGUGGUCUUCCAGUUUGGCUGGGCCUCCACGCAGAUCUCCCACCUCAGCCUCAUCCCAGAGCUCGUCACCAACGACCACGAGAAGGUGGAACUCACGGCACUCAGGUACGCGUUCACCGUGGUGGCCAACAUCACUGUCUACGGUGCUGCCUGGCUCCUGCUGCACCUGCAGGGCUCGUCGAGGGUGGGGCCCGCCCAGGACAUCAGCGUCAGUGACCAGCUAGGGGGCCAGGACGUGCCCGUGUUCCGGAACCUGUCCCUGCUGGUGGUGGGUGUCGGCGCCGUGUUCUCACUGCUGUUCCACCUGGGCACCCGGGAGAGGUGCCAGCUGCAUGCGGAGGAGCCGGGCGAGCACAGCCCCCUGUUGGCCCCCGCGGUUGCCCAGCCCCUGCUGCUCUGGAAGCACUGGCUCCGGGAGCCGGCUUUCUACCAGGUGGGCAUGCUGUACAUGACCACCAGGCUCAUCGUGAACCUGUCUCAGACCUAUAUGGCCAUGUACCUCACCUACUCUCUCAACCUGCCCAAGAAGUUCAUCGCGACGAUUCCCCUGGUGAUGUACCUCAGCGGCUUCUUCUCGUCCUUCCUCAUGAAGCCCAUCAACAAGUGCAUCGGGAGGACCAUGACCUACUUCUCGGGCCUCCUGGUGAUCCUGGCCUUCGCUGCCUGGGUGGCGCUCACGGAGGGGCUGGGCGUGGCCGUGUACGCAGCGGCUGUGCUGCUGGGUGCGGGCUGUGCCACCAUCCUCGUCACCUCGCUGGCCAUGACGGCCGACCUCAUCGGUCCCCACACGAACAGCGGAGCGUUCGUAUAUGGCUCCAUGAGCUUCUCUGAUAAGGUGGCCAACGGGCUGGCAGUCAUGGCCAUCCAGAGCCUGCAUCCCUGUCCCUCAGAGCUCUGCUGCAGGGCCUGCGUGAGCUUCUACCACUGGGCGAUGGUGGCCGUGACGGGCGGCGUGGGCGUGGCUGCUGCCCUGUGUCUCUGCAGCCUCCUGCUGUGGCCCAUCCGCCUGCGACGCUGGGACCCAGAAGCCCAGCCCUGACGGCCUCCUGCACCUGUGCAAGGGAAAUGUGGGGACACACGAGGACGCCCCCAACGCCUAGGGGCGAAGCCCCCCCCGCCCCUCGCUAUUCUCCGGCCCCCCAUCCCCCCACCCCCCACCCUCACUGGCUCCCGGAGAUGGGAGUCAGGGUGAAGGCAGCGGGAAUGCCUACCAGGGCCUUCUGAAUCCAGAGGUUUGUAGGGACCCCUGGGCUUUUAGGGUGCCCCGUUCUCAACUCUAAUCCAUCUCAGUCCUGUGGAGGAUUUGGAGUGCCUCUCUCGGCAGGAAGUAGGAACCCCUGAGGGGUCUGGGGGAACCCUAACCCCAGCACAGUUCACCCCUCACCUCUGGCCUGGGGAUGGCUGGAGCCUGCAGGAGCCCCAGCCAUGGAGUAGUGGGUUGGGCCUGGACCCUGCCAUGGUGGGCAGCGGGGCUGCCCGGGGGGCUUGGUGGACUCUGCUGGCAGCAAUAAAGAGAUGAAGGCAGCCUGGCUCCUGUCUGCCAGGCGGGGGUGGCCCGGAGCAGGGGUAGCUUGGGCAUCUCGGCUGUGCCCUAGUUGUGGGUAGCCACCCUCUUUUGGGUGUGUCAUGGAAGCAUGUGUUUAUCGGGGAGUAGGCGUGGGGCCAGGUGGGAGCCACUGGCCGGUGGAGGGGCAGUAUGGCUCCAGGCCCCACUGCAAGUAGUUCUGGGUGGUGUGGGGUGGGCGCUGGGGCGCUGACAGGAAGGGCACGUAGUCUGAUGCACUCCACAGAGGCUCCACCCCGUACUGAUUCCUGUUGACCACUGCAGGUGGGACCCGGGUCACUGUGUGCUCCCCCUUCCUCACCCCCAGCCAGCAAGGGGCUCCCUGGGCAAUUUCACCCUGGCCUAGGUGGCCUUGUCCCCCUGGCCUCCCGGGGAGCUGCCCUGGCCUCACCGUAGUCCUUGCCCAGGAUUGGCCUGUCCUUCCACAGCAUGCUCCCCCACCGGGUGCUGGGGUCCAGGUACUGGGCGGGGACGAUGGGGUCGUGCCAGGCGGUCUCCCGCAGGUGCUGGGUGUAGGCUGCGGUGGGGCAGGGGCUGGCGGUCAUUCCCGUCCCCCUCGAGCAGGCCCGGCACCGGGACAGGGAGGGUGGGCACUCACCCGAGGGCAGGCUGCACUCGCGGUGUCGGGAGCAGCCAUGCCAGCGGUUGUAGGCCUCACGGAAGGGGCGGUCCAGGGCUGAGGGCAGCUUGUACCAGGCUUCCCGGGAGUCCAAGUUGGUCAGACCCGUGUACCACAGCUGGCCAGCUGCAUCGUGUCCCAUGGGCGUGUACUUCCAGCGUGUGGCCUGCUUGAUGGCCGGUGCCCAGCGUGGCCCCUCCAGGGACAGGUAGUCAUCGCUGAGGGUGGAGGGUGUAGAGGCCUGGCCCACGGUGUGGGGCCACCCUCCCUCCCCACUUGGUGUCUGUUCUUUGGCCUUGGACCCCUCACCCCACAGCGGGUGGCAGAGGAGAGAGGCUGACUGCCUCUCUCCCCACACAUCCCAUCCCCUGAACUUGGUUUGAGAUGGAGUCUGGCUGUGUCCCUGGCUGGAGGGCAGCGGCACCUCGUCUCACUGUAACCUCCGCCUCUCAAGUAGCUGGGACUACAGGCACCUGCCACCACGCCCGGCUAAUGUCUGUAUUUUUAGUAGACAGGGUUUCACCACGUUGGCCUGGUCUCAAUCUCUUGACCCUGUGAGCCGCCACCUCAGCCUCUCAAAGUACUGGGAUUACAGGCGUGAGCAGCCAUGCUCGGCCAGCACUUUCUGAUCUGAGCUUUUCUUGCCUGGAGAAGAGACACCAGGGAGGGAAAAGGUCGAGGGCCCUGGACACUCCUGGGUUCCUGCAGCUUUUGUCCAGCAUCCAAGACCCACAAGCCCCUUCCUCUGGGGAGCCCCCGUGGCGUGGAGCCGUGGCCCACGGAGGACUAGGGGACCCACUCGGCCAGGCAUGUGGCUCAUGCCUGUAAACCCAGCACUUUGGGAGGCUGAGGCGAAUGUAUCACUUGAGGUCAGGAGUUUGAGACCAGCCUGGCCAACAUGGUGAAAGCCCAUCUCUACUAAAAACACAAAAAUUAGCCGGGCGUGGUGGCGCGUGCCUGUAAUCCCAGCUACUUGGGAGGCUGAGGCAGGAGAACUGCCUGAACCUGGGAAGUGGAGGUGGCUGUGAGCCGAGACUGUGCCACUGUGCUCCAGCCUGGGUAACAGAACAACAGUCUGUCUCAAAAAAAAAAAAAAAAAAAAAGAAA